CAUCUGCUCGACCUGUGCCGUUAUGCGCUCUCAACACCUGAAGGUGGACACAUGACCUGAACACACCGUGAAGGUGGACACACACGUGCGGGGAACUUACUUUAUUUACUAAUAGACUGGAUAUUAAGUUUCCUGUUCCAUUUGAGCGUAAACGAGACAGAACCAUCAUGAGCAGAAAAACACGACGCUGGAUAUUUCACAUUUUCCUUUGUCUUGGAAUAAUCUACUUGAAAAUGGGGGGGUUCUCCACCGUACUGGCGCUGGGAGCGAGCAUCAUAUGCAACAAGAUUCCGGGCCUGGCGCCCCGUCAGCGGCUCAUCUGCCAGAGCCGCCCGGACGCGCUUGUCGUGAUCGGCCAGGGCGCACAGAUGGGCAUCAGCGAGUGCCAGUUCCAGUUCAGACACGGCCGCUGGAACUGCUCCGCGCUCGGCGAGAGGACCGCCUUCGGGAGAGAGUUGAAAGUGGGCAGUCGAGAGUCUGCGUUCAGGUACGCCAUCCUCUCGGCCGCGGUGGCCCACGCCAUCACCUCGGCCUGCACGCGGGGGAACCUCAGCGCCUGCAGCUGUGACCGGGACAAGCAGGGCUUCCACGGGCACGCCAGCGGCUGGAGGUGGGGCGGCUGCUCCGCAGACAUAACCUACGGCCUGGGCUUCUCCAAAGUCUUCAUGGAUGCUAGAGAGAUCAAACACAGUGCCAGGGCGCUUAUGAAUCUGCAUAACAACGAAGUCGGAAGAAAGGUCCUAGAGCAGAGUAUGCGGCUGGAGUGUAAAUGCCACGGUGUGUCUGGAUCCUGCACCACCAGGACCUGCUGGAUGACCCUGCCCAAAUUUCGUGAGCUCGGCUAUAUCCUCAAAGACAAAUACACCAACGCUGUCCAUGUGGAGCCAGUCAAAGCCACGCGCCACAAACGACCAACAUUUCUCAAGAUCAAAAAACCCUACUCGUACCGCAAGCCCAUGGACACAGAGCUGGUGUACAUUGAAAAAUCUCCCAACUACUGUGAGGCGGAUCCGGUGAGCGGCAGCGUCGGCACUCAGGGGCGAGUGUGCAACAAGACACUGAUGCACCACCACAACGGCUGCGACCUCAUGUGCUGUGGGCGCGGGUAUAACACACACCAGUACUCGCGUGUGUGGCAGUGCAACUGCAAGUUCUUUUGGUGCUGUUAUGUCAAAUGCAACACGUGUAGCGAGAGGACAGAGGUGUACACGUGUAAAUGAUGUAAACUUACUCCCUGACCUUAAAAUAUGACUCAAUCAGGUGGCAUUUAUUCUUUUGCACAAGACUUUACUUUAGACAUGCUUCCUUCACUCUAAUGGACGAUCAUCUAGAAGUAUCGUUGCGCUAUUUCUGAUGCCACGCCGUUUUACCUGCUUUCUUCAUUAAAUCUAGAGCGUGACUCGGGUCUGCAGUAUUCUGAAGCUAUCUGGAUUCAAAAAAGGCUUUCUUGUCUUCGACCUGCUGUAAAACUGAUGACAACUAUCUGCACAUUCAUUUUACCAAUGGAGUUACAUGGACGUGGAUGUCUUGCAAUUAAAACAAUGGAGAAAAUACUCCAACAGAGCACAACAGCAGGGUUCCAGAAGUAAAUCCUUUUCAUCUUCUCUGAUAAUGUAUGACUUUUCAAGACAUACCUACCGUGAGUCAAGUCAAUUCAAGUCACAUUUAUUUAUAUAGCGCAUUUUACAAUACAGAUUGUUUAAAAGCUGCUUUACAGAGAUAAC